CGCAACAUUGCAGCUGGUUCUCACAGCCACAACGAUGACUGGAUAUGUUAUGAAGGUUACGACCCUCCUUCUCCUGACCUCCACUCACACGAACCAUGCGCACCAAUCCAGAUCAAAACCGGAGAGCAUGUCCCGAGAGCCGAUGCACUUUCCCUGGUCGAGCCAAUCGUCAGUUCAUCAGCGCAGGGUGCUCAGAUGGGGUAUUCACAUUACCAGGAUACAAGCAAGGACGAAGAGUGAUCGCCUGAUGUGUGUCCUUCUUUUAAUUGCUCCUUAUCGGCCCGGACUAAAACCUACCUUCACAGCAAGUCUAAUAAUACAGCUAGAAGAUGAUACUAUUGAGCGCGGCGGAAAUCUGAUCAUUCUCUUUUGUCGUGCCAUUCGCAAAGUUAAAUAUACUGCGGUACAUGCAAUACACCAUGCUCGAGUUAAUACGAAGGAACCUAUAAUUCACGAUGACCUACACCGACAGAAAAAGAAUCAAAACAAGAACUUUGCGUCACAGCAAGCGCUUGUGCUAAAGUCUGAUGGUGGAGGGCUUGGCGGGCAGGGGAUGGGAAAUAUAACAGGCCUAGGCAAUAUCACUGGUUUACGGUGA